UGAUUUUAUAUUGUUUAUUUUAGGAACCUUUGGAGGUUGAAGCUAAGGGGGAGCCAGAGAAGGUUGAGGAUAAAGCACCUGAAGGCUGGAAAGCGCCCCGAGCCGGUUUGAAGUUUAAUCCUCAGCUACAUGCUAAGCGGGAAGCUAGAAAGGAGAAGAGAAGGUUGGAGGAAGAAGCAAGACUAAAAGAGGAGGAAAGAAUCAAGGAAGAAAAAGAGAAAGAAGAACAGAAGAAAGGAGGAAGAAGUUCUAAGGGUACAAUCAAGGGAAUGUUCGCGAAGAUUGCGAAGAGAAAGGCGGAGGAGGCCAGCUCGGGGAAUACUAAGAAGGCAAAGAUGGAAAACGAAAGAUGCAAGAUAUGCAGCCAAAUCAUUCAUCCCGACUUUAUUACAAUGUACGUCGGCCCACAUACCCUGGCCAGAGAUGAACUUGUAGUACUGUUUUGUGAACCAGAACUGCUAAUCGAUUCAGAAAAUUACCAGGAUAAACCCGAAGUUAGUCUCUCAGACUAUCAAGUUUUUGAUGAGGAGGGUCACCUCAUUCAUAUGAACUCAGGGAUACUGGAGAGUGGAGCGAAAGUCAUGUUUGACGGUGUUGUUAAGGACUUGAUGGACGCGGGGAAGGGUCAUCAUAUAAAAUCUUGUGUGAUGACUUCCUGGUGGAACUCUGGGUUUGACGGCGGAGAAAACGUUUUAAUAGGAUUUAGUACGCAGGAUGCAAACUACUACUUGAAAGAACCUCAUCCGAACUACAAACCGUUCAUGUUGGACACGUGGGAGCAAUCUUUCCUUGUAAAAUAUAUGAUUGAGUUUCUGGAGGAGGAAGAUGAAGGAGAUGAGGAGAAUGAUGAUGAGAACGAAGAUGGAAUAUAUGAAAGAUUCCUUGAUUAUCUGUCUGGGAUGUCCCCGCCCCGCCCCGAGAUACCAGAGUUUACUUCCGAGUCAGUUAUUAAGCACGCAGAGUUUCUUGUAAGCCAGAUACUCAGUUACCAGCAGGCCGGUGAUCCAGACGAAAAGAAGUUUAUGGACUCGCCUCUCAUUAAGAGAAUUUGUGAGCUCGCCGGGGUACAGAAAGCCAGCAUAAAAAAGUCCUCUAAGCUUGUAGUUGACAGAAAACAGUCUCAGAAACCUAAGUUCGAAUCCGCCAUGGUCACUCCCCUUGUUCGGCUAGUUUUUGAGAAUUUAUUUAAAGAACAGAUGGCUGAGGAAGAGAACCCGGGGAAGGUGGUGAAGGCUGAAGUUAGACCGGCUAAAGAAACAAAGAAAUCUUCGUUCAAGUCUCAGGGCAAGUCCAAGGGAAAAAAGGAGAACUUUAAAUGGAUCGGAGACGACUGCAAACAAGCAGAGAUUGAUGGAGAUAUUAUUGUUCCUGGAGAUAAUAUAAUGCUGGAUCCUGGAGCAGAAGAUACAGAACCAUUUGUAGGAACGGUUCUUUACAUGUACAACGAUAAGGAAACACCGAUGGCCCAUGUCCGUUGGUUCGCCCGAGGAGUAGAUACUGUUCUAGGAGAAACUGGAGAUCCAGCUGAACUGUUCCGACUCGAUACUUGUGACGACGAACCUCUGCUAAGCUACGUUGGGAAAGCAAGUGUGGAGAUGCUAGGAAUGCCGGAUCCUGAAAAGUGGAGUAAGCUGGGUGGUUCAACUCCAACAACCUUUGAGAGAGAUUCGGAUUCAAGUUUCUUUUGUUCUUUAUGGUACGAUGCUGAACUCGGAAGGUUCGAGUAUUCUGAAGAGACGGGUAAAACCAGUGUCUCUGGAGAAGAUUGUGAGAUCUGUCUCCUGAAAAAGGAGAAAGAGAAACGAUUUAUUCCGCAAACUAAGACUAAAUCGGGAUCAGAGAUCACCAGUGUAACCUGGGAUCAGGCAGAGCUCAAGGUAGGGGACACGGUUUACUUGAGUCCUGGAUCUGUAAAGAUGAAAACUAAACCUGCUAAACUUGAAAAGGAGACGUUCAAGAAGGAAAACGUAGACGAGGAUUUGUAUCCUGAGUACUACAGGAAGACUGAUCACGUGAAGGGGAACAACUUCAACACUCCGGAUCCGUUUAUUGUUGCAAGAAUACUUAAGUUUAAGGCUGAAGGAAAGGAGAUCAAGCUGAAGGUUGGAUUAUUCUACAGACCCGAAAACAUCGUCAAAUCCAAGGAUAAGGAGGAGGACAACAUGUUCCUGUUGUACUGGAGCGAAGAUUCAGACUGGGUGGCAGGUUCCGAUAUUGAGGGUAGAUGCUAUUUAAGAUGUGGAGAAGAUGAGUAUGAGGAAGUUACUGAGUGGUGUGAGAAGGGUCCAGAUAGAUGGGUUUUCAGGAACAUGUUUAAUUCUGGAUCGAAAACUAUUGACUCUCUACCUGCUGAAGCUAAAGAAUUCGGUUCAGACCCCGCAGAUCACCUGAUUCCCAGCUAUCCUCAAGUUAAAAAGAAGCUAAGAAGCCUGGAUAUAUUUGCUGGAUGUGGAGGAUUAAGCCAGGGUCUGCAUGAUUCUGGAGUAGCGGAGACCCAUUGGGCUGUUGAAGUGUUCGAACCUGCUGCAAAAGCCUUCAAGCUGAACAACAAGGAACUAAAAUACACCCUUGCUGUACUAAGCCCCAAAACCCCCGAUCUUAAGAAUAAGAUUGUCUCUUCUAUACCGAGACCGAAGUUCUUUAUUCUGGAGAACGUAAAGAACUUUGCCAACUUCAAGAAGAGUAUGGUCAUGAAAUCCUGCCUCCGUGCUCUGGUUAAGAUGGGCUAUCAGUGCACCUUUGGGAUCAUGCAGGCUGGUCAGUUUGGUAUUGCGCAGACAAGGAGAAGAGCAAUCAUCCUUGCAGCAGCCCCAGGACAGAUUAAUAAUGGAGAGUCUAGGGAAGUGAUGAAGUACGGUGGAAACCCGAAGUCACAUUUCCAGAAGUAUAUAAGGAACUCUGGUGACGAACUUUACGACCAUAUAACCAAGAAAUUGGCUCCUCUGAUCGUGAAGAGGUUCGAAUAUAUUCCUACCACUCCAGGCAGUGACUGGAGGGAUCUUCCAAACAAGAUUGUGGAAUUGAGUGAUGGGAAGAUGAGCAAGAAACUACACUAUUUCUACGAAGAUAUUAAAAACGGAAAGAGCUCUAGUGGAAGUCUACGAGGAGUGUGUCCUUGUAUGGCGGGGGGAAAAUGCGAUCCUAAGGAUAACCAACAGAACACGUUGAUUCCCUGGUGUCUGCCCCACACCGCUAACCGGCACAACAACUGGGCCGGACUCUACGGCAGAGUCGAGUGGGACGGUUUUUUCUCCACAACCAUCACAAACCCGGAGCCCAUGGGGAAACAAGGGCGAGUGCUUCAUCCAGAUCAAAACAGAUUGGUUUCAGUUCGAGAGUGCGCCAGGUCUCAAGGAUUUCCUGACACCUACAGAUUCUACGGGUCUGUUUUAGAGAAGCACAGACAGAUAGGAAACGCUGUUCCUCCACCCCUGGGACGUGCUCUGGGUGUUUCCAUCCUUCACUCUCUAGAUUGCAAUAAGCAACAGUGA